GACAGUUCACAAAAUGGAUGACAGCUGAUGAGUAAUGAGUGUAAAGACUGUAAAGUAAAAUUCCUAUUUUUGUUGUGAUGUAGAAUUAAACUGUAUUAAAUUUAAUAUUUAUUAUGGAUUUCGAACAGUAUUGAAUUUGUUUGAAUGUUGUCAUUGCCUGUGAUUUUUACUAAAUUUAGUGUUUGUAGAUGUGUAGGUUAUGUACGAAAACGAAAGCAGUAAACGUAGAAAUUUUUUUUAAUAAGAUUGCGAGGUUUUAUUAAUUAGAUUAUAUCCAACUACUAAUUGAGAAUCAAGCUAUGAAUAGUCAAAAGUUUAAAUUGGAAACAGGAACUGUAAAACAACCAGAUUACAUCAAAAAGCAACAGCAACUAAAAGCUAUGAACAAACCAUUUAUUCCCAAUAAGAGCAUUAAUGCUGAUGCAAUGAUAGAGAACUUGCUAUCAAACAAAGAGACAUUCCAAAAGAAGAAAGACAAUGCAGUCAAAGCACCAGUGUCACCAGCCUGGCUUUCACCGGACUCCGGAGCGGCCAGCCCGUUCUACAAUCAGCUGUGGGGCGUGGUGCGAAUGCGGGGCGGCGGUGGCAACAGCCAACAGCUGGCGGACACAGCUGUUGUGUCGCAGCUGUUGAUGACCAGUGGUCUGUCCACCGAUACGCUCGGCUUCAUAUGGAGUCUGGCCAAUAGAACUGUGCCCGGUCAGCUGACUCAGGCGGAAUUGUAUGUUGUGUUGGCGUUGGUGUCGCUUGCUCAGGGUGGCUACAUAUUCAACGACACAACCAUUCUCAACCAAAUACCGCAACCGCCGAUACCAAAACUCGACCUCUCCAUUCUGCCCCAGUACAACAUGAACUACACCUCGCACUCUACCGGAAUUCCCGGCAACUAUCUGCACCAAUCGACCCCGCCAGCUAUAGACAGUACAACACCGGCUGCUAAAGACAGUACACCGACACCGCUCAGUAUUGUUUCGCUAGACGUCAACAAACUACAGGGCGCCCCAGUACUAACGUUGCCCAACUAUAAUUUCGGACCGUAUCAGGGGUUUGACGCCGCAGGGGCUGUGAUAACUAAUACUGCGCAUGCGCAGGGUUCAGGAGUGGCUUCUGUAUACCAGGAACCCGCCUCUGUUAUACCCAGUAUCAGUUUGGGUUUGAGUACCCCAACUAAAGUCAAUUACAACUCGUCCGUUUUAGACCGUGAUUCAACUACUUCUACAACAAACACGGAACACAGUAGUGAUGUAGCUAGUUUUAACAGUAUCAACAAAUUCAAACUAGAUUCACCCACUAAACUACCUAGUCUAUCGCAACCAGUCGAUGUUUCAUCGAGUUUUUCGAAUCUAAGCUUGAAAUCGUCGGGAGAAAAGAAGAAGAAGGCAAGGAGAGACAGUGGAAGUAAGCCGGGGAAAACGUCAAAUAUCGACGAUAGUUUCGAUAGUUUGUCGACAGAGCGUGCUAGUGUAAAUCCAAUCCCAAACCAAUCGAAACCCAACUAUAAUUUGGACCUGUUUGAGUUGAGUGGCGAUGUUCACCAUGUGUUUCCUAAUAGUGGACCAGGAGAGGGAAUGAAAAUUACAGAAAAACAGAAUCAUGACGAUUUCGAUGAUGAAUUUACAGAUUUCCAGAGUGCCGAGUUUACAACGUUUAAUGCGGCAGCUAGUGUAAGAGAAACUCUAAAACCUGUGGAGGAUUUGUUAAGUUCUCAGCCUGAUUUGGUGACUGGUAUUGAGCCUGAUUUGAAGACGUUUUCGACAACUAUACAACCGGAAUCAAGUUUGACUUCACGUGAUUUGAAUAGUUUUUCAGCAAUCCAACCAGAUUUGAGUUUGAAAACUAAGUUUGAACCUGAUCUGAGGGACUGGUCGACUGUUGUAAUCCAACCAGAUCUAAGUUUGAUGACGUCUGAACCAAGUUUAAACUCUAGAUUUGAGUUGGAACUGAGUUCAAUCGAGCCUGAUUUGAGGAGUGGUUUCCUAACGGAAUUGAAACAGCAGAACUCACGAAAUGAGUCGGAUUUGAACCUGAUUGAGCCUGGGUUAAGUUUGUUGAUGAAACCAGAGGUACCAACUACAAAAAUUGAUGUUGUGGAAGAUGAUGACGAUUUCACAAAUUUCCAAGGGGCUGUACCAAAUGGGGUGUUUAGUGAGGAGGAUCUGUUUCCCAAAACGAUUACAAUUACUGCUCCCAACGGAACUAGAAACGUCGAUAACGGCAGUUUGCACGAGAAAUCUGAGACGAAUUUCUCGGAGUGGAGCGACAAUACUAGCAACGAUUGGACGGUGGGGAGUGGAGGCAAUAAGAGCGACAAGGACGGAGAUAGUUUGAACUAUGCAAAUGAGAAGGACGGAGAUAGUUUGAACUAUGUGGAUCUGAGUGAUAUCAAGUUGGAGAUACCGAGUAGUGAUACGGAGGAAGUGGUGAUAAAGAAGGAUAGUGAUAGGGAGGAAGUGGCGGUGAUACAGAAGGAGAGUGAGAAGGAAGAUAGGUACAGUGCACUGAGAGGAUUGCAGCCACUGGAGGAUGUGGUUAAUGCGAGUGAUGAUUUCGGAGAUUUCUUAGCGGCUGAGCCUGGUGACGAGUAUCAUGUGCGAGAAAUGGAUACGAAUAACUGCACUGUUCAGAUCCGUUGUCUAGAAGCAUGUUUACAAAUCCUGCAGGAGUCCUAUUCUAUUCUCUCAUCAGCCUCCUCACCCAAAGUGCUCUCAGAAGUUAUGUCUGAUCCACGAACCACCAAUCAUCUCACGUGUCUCCUGGAAGUAUUUCGGGUUAGCGAGAGACUUAUAAAACAUGUAGACAAUAAUGAAAUUGUGAGUCAAAUCCAGACCACGUGGAAUGAUAUUGUACCUCUUCUUGAGGGCUCCAAAUGUUAUCAGCUGGAAGACACCGCAGGGCCUGUUUGCGAGUUGUGCCGUUGUGACUACGGACCGUUUCCCGUCAAGUAUGGCCGCAGUACCUUCCACGCCGCCUGUGCUAAUCUAUAUUUACACUACGUUGACUCCACUCUUCCAAAUACCGACGCUUAUUAAACAGUAUUGCACACACCUGCGGCCUAUCCCAUGAGAAAAUACAAACUAAUAAUAUCGCUAUAGUGAGGUCCACGUUAUAAUGGCAGUGUUUGAUUAGCAAUAUCAUUGAAGAGAAUCACUUCAGGCUGUCAACAUAAGUUAUAUAGGAAGCAUUGAGGUCUUAAAUAAGGAAUGCUGACACCUGAACGUUACUUGUCAGUUAUGUCCCCGGCUUUAUUCUCGACAGAACUUAAGAGGCUUUCAACUCAGUUAGUUACAUGACUAAAACACUUUAUAAAUAUCAUUUUUUUAUGAACAAAUAAUAGUUUUUGGUUUCUAACUGUGCCGAAUUUAGAUCAUACAAUAAAAAUAAUUAUAUUUUAAUAAUUUGGUUAAAUAUUAACAUAUUCGGAGCCAAUAAUAUUAAUUACUAUACUUAUACUACAAGGCAUACUAAUUUUAUACGUUUAGUUUACAAUUGGAAAAAGCAUUACAAAAUUAAAGUGAGAGGUAAUCCUAAAAAUCAUAAUCAGUACAAAGUGAUUUACAACUAAAUGGUUCGGAGCCCACCUAUAAAUGUAGGUCCAUCAAAUAUUAUAUUUUAAAUCACUCACGCAAAAGUCGAGGGCCCUAAUGGAAAACAUACUUGACAAAAAUGAGAGCAAUAAUAAAGAAUGAAUAUCAAUUUUCCUAUUAUAUUUUACUGUUGGGAAGGAAGUGUCUCUAAAUUUUAUACAUGAUUAGUGUUCUCAUUUCUUUGUCUUUCGAUCAUAAAAUACAAAGUUAAGCCAAUUUUAAUUCAUAUAACCAACUAUUAGCUAUCAAUAUGAACAGAGUUAUAUGAACAAGUUAUUAGUCUUGGUGCUUCCUUUUUCUUGACAGGACCUUGGGAGUGUUGGGUUCGGUGAGGGGUGCAGUGAAGGGGGCC